GAUGAGCUUUUUAAACUGGGAACCUCUUCAGGGAGGCCCCACACAGUUCUUGUGCUCAGCCACAAGACAUUCUGAUAAGCAACGCUAUGUAAAGAGCUUCAGUUUUCCACUUGGCAUAUGUGGACUGCAGCGUCUGAAGUGACCUGGAGAGCAACGUCUUACUGGAGAGCUGUGGCAAAAGCUCGUAUCCGAUCUGUGUGAAUUCCACGUGUUUACUCCAGGCCCAAAGAAACUUUCGCCUGAAUUUGCUGAAGCAAAUUGACUUCCAGGACCUGCAUAAGUCGAGAGAAAUCUUCCUCAGACCCUGCUGCACAUUGACAGUGAAUAACAUGAAUGUCAGUUUGUGAAGAACUGCGGGAAUUUCAAGGUCUUAUUAUUGAAGCUUAAUUCUGAUGUGAUGAAGCAACGCUGGAUAGACUCUACCUUCCUCCUGCAAUUGGUUCUUUGGAGGUGCAUCGCAACCUCUUUUGUUCAAGUGAAUCAUGAUAUUACAGUUCCCAAGGGCCUGUCUGUGUUCCUGUCAGAGAAGAACCUGGUGUUCAACAUCCCGAAGGAUAAGGACAGCUGCAAGGUGGAAGUGGUGAUGAAUGAACCAAUAACACAGCGGGUUGGGAAGCUUACCCCUCAGGUUUUUGAUUGUCAUUUCCUACCCAACGAAGUAAAAUAUUCACAUAAUGGAUGUCCAAUUCUGGAUGAAGAUCAAGUCAUGCUCAGAGCUUACAGGUUUACAGAGAAUGAAACUUUUACAGAAGCAUUCACCCUCCAUGUCCGGUUGCUUGACUCCGACUGUAACAUCGUCCAAAUGGGCGCAACAGCAUUGGAAGUCCACGAAUUUUAUGGUGUAUCCAAUCUAGUCGACAGAAAUGUGCUUUCAUUUGACUUUGAUCAGUCUUCGAAUCUGGACUGUAUGGUGCGUGUGGCGACUCAAGAGACGUUUCUCCCAGCACGUGGACGUCUCGUCAUGGGGAAACUCUCCAUGGACCAGGCACACAAAUCGAAGUGGAAUCUAGAAACGAACCAGGAAGAUUUAAAGGAGCUGCACACUUUUAAAGUAAGCUGUGAUGAGUUUCUUACAAUGGGCCUUCGUUACCAUCAUCUCAGGCCCCCUUCUCCUGAUGUUGACUACAUCGCCAUAAGAUUGGAACUGAUCGACCGCAGAAGCAAAAAUGUGCACAAGACAGAGAAUGCCUGGAUUCCAGUCAGAAUCACAAAUGCCUUUCCCAAUCAGUCUCCUAAAGUGAGUUUUAUGGCGAUGUUCAUCCUGGAUGUAGAUCAAUUCAUUCUGACCUCCAUGACCACAGGGAUCCUGGAUGGAGAAGACAGCGAGACGCCAAAAUCCCAGCUUGUGUUCAAUGUCACCAAACCACCUCAGGAGGGCUACAUCACUCAUUUAUCUGACCACACCAAAUCAAUCACAUCAUUCACUUGGGUUGACCUGCAUGACUUGCUGGUCGCCUUUCAGCCACCAAACAGCAGUCACACUGAAAGAAGGAACUAUGAGGUCGAAUUUGAAGUUCACGAUUUCUACUUCAGGAACAGUGCACCAGUCACGGUACACAUUUCAGUGAGGACAGCUGAUACCAAUGCUCCCAGAGUUUCCUGGAACAUGGGACUUGAUCUAUUGGAAGGCCAGUCUCGACCUAUCACCUGGGAACAGUUUCAAGUCGUGGACAAUGACGACAUCACUGCAGUUCGUUUGGUUACUGUGGCCGGCUUACAACAUGGACGGUUAACAGUAAGAGGUGGAAAAGGCUUCAUGUUUACAGUCAAUGACAUCAAAGCAGGUGUUGUCCGCUAUCAUCAUGAUGACAGUGACACUGCAAAUGAUUUCAUUGUAUUCAGAAUUUUUGAUGGUCUUCAUAGCACCCGACACAAAUUCCCUAUCAAGAUCUUACCCAAAGAUGACAGUCCUCCAUUCCUUAUCAACAAUGUAAUCUUUGAACUGUGCGAGGACCACGAAAUGCUGAUUGAGAAGUUUAUGCUUCAAGCAUCAGACAUGGACUCAAGUGAUGACUACGUCUUGUUCAAAAUCAUCAAAACUCCACAAGCUGGAGAGAUCAUUAAAAGAACAGCUCCUGGUCUGACAGGCUAUCCUAUCAACAGUUUCCUUCAGAGAGACCUCUACAAUGGGGCAAUCUACUAUCGUCACUUGGGAGGAGAAAUGUUUGAAGAUUCCUUUGAGUUUAUUCUGCUUGACAGUCAUGACCCUCCAAACCUUUCAGAAACUCAGACUGUAAUUGUUCAGAUCACCCCUGUGGAUGAUCAGCUUCCCAAUGAAGCACCUGGAGUUGUCCGCCAGCUCGUCGUUAAAGAGACCGAGAUGGCUCAUCUGACGAAGAACCAGCUGCACUUCACAGACACCGAGUCUCCAAACGGGCAAAUUGUAUAUACAAUCACAACUCCACCCUUCUUUACUUCAGUAUCUCGGCUGCUUGAUGCUGGGAAACUACUGCUGACUGACAGCAUGAAGAAACUGAUUAAAGAGUCCAGUGCUCCAAUGCUCAGGUCAUUUACACAGGAUGCCGUGAACCACCUGAGAGUGGCCUACAUGCCUCCUCUGCAGGAUAUAGGGCCCUACCCACACCAGCUGCAGUUUCAUUUCUCCGUCAGUAACCAACAUGGUGGCACGUUAGUUGGCCUCUGCUUCAACAUCACGGUUCUCCCGGUCAACAAUCAAGCUCCUGAGAUAUACACAAAUCAAUUGACUGUCAAAGAAGGAGGAGUGGGCCAAAUUACCAUGGAUCAUCUGCGGGUAACUGAUGUUGACACACUGGAGGAUUACAUCAAGGUUGUGCUGCAGAAGAAACCGGUGCACGGAGAAGUCGAAGUGAAUGGAAUUCCGAUGAUUGAAGGCAACAUGUUCACGCUAGCAGAUCUCAAGAAACUCAGAGUUAGGUACCAGCAUGAUGACUCUGAGACAAUCUACGAUGAAGUCACCUUUUUAGCCACUGAUGAUUCAAAUUCAGCUGAAAAUGUCCUGGAGAUCAAGGUGAUACCAGUGAAUGAUGAACCUCCGGCACUGAAGUCUGGUUUGAACCCCAUGCUCUACUGCCUUGAAGGGGGAGAAGUUGUCAUUUCAACAGAAAAUCUUCAUGCCACUGACAUUGACAGCAAUGAUGAGAAGCUGUUGUUUAUAAUUGCAAGGCAACCAUUACACGGGGUGGUACAGAAGCGCAACCAGAUUGCUGAUCACUUUACUCAGGCAGAAGUUAUUGCUGGAGUAGUGAAGUAUAUACACACAGGUGGUGAGGUGGGUUUAGCACCCUGCUUUGACACCAUGACGUUUGUCGUCUCUGAUUGGGACGCAGGCACGCUUGGACACUGCUGCAAUGAAGAACCACUUGUUCCUCCAUUACCUCUGCACGAUUCUCUCCCAGUCUACGAUCUCAACAUCUCUGUCAUGCCCAUCGACAACCAACCACCAAAAAUUACUAUUGGUGAACUAUUUGUUGUUGAUGAGGGGUUUUCAGCUGCCAUCACUGUCGACCACUUGUGCGCUAGCGAUCCAGAUACUGCAGAUGAUGAACUGUCUUUCAUCCUGUGGUCCCCACCUAUGUUUGGUUACAUAGAGAACACAUUACCAUCGCCAGGGCACGAGAAGAGCAACAUGGGCAUCAGUAUAGGUUCAUUUGACCUAACGCACAUAAAAGAGUUGCAUAUAAACUAUGUUCAGUCACGACAUCAACGGAUUGAACCAACAGCGGAUCAGUUCCUUCUGUAUGUUACUGAUGGGAAGCAUCGGUCCAUGGAAGUUCCAUUUUAUGUCAUAAUCCGACCUAUAAAUGAUGAAACACCAAGUUUCCUGGCCAGGAAUAUCACUGUGUCUGAAGGCCAAGUGUGUGAAUUAGAUCCAUCGAUAAUAAAUGUGGUGGACCUUGAUGUGCCUGCGGACAGCCUCGCCUUCACUGUGAGCCAGCAACCACGCCAUGGGAUGAUCAGAAGUGGGAUGCACGGGAAUGACGUUGUUCUUUACAAGCGACCGACCAUCAAUGAUCAGGAGCUCCCUGUGCAUGACUUCACCAUGGAUCAGCUGAUGCAUGGCUUGAAGCUGAUGUAUGUGCACGAUGACUCUGAAAGCACGGCUGACAAAUUCACCGUUCAAUUGUCUGACGGAAAGCAUAAGGUCCGCAAAGUCAUUUCAGUCCAGGUUCUUCCAGUGAAUGACGAGCGGCCAUUUUUGAGCAGAAACAAUGGACUGGAGGUAGAAAUGGGCGAUACCAGAAUAAUCUCCAGCAUAGCAUUGGAAGCUGAAGAUAAAGAUACUCCAAAGCAGCACCUUUAUUAUGUGAUGGACAGUGUCCCCAAACACGGAGUGCUCCAGCUCAAGGAAAGCAUGGAGUGGCAAAGCCUGUACCCUGGCAUGAACUGCAGUCAGGAAGACAUUGACAUGAACCGACUGAGAUAUGUGCACACAGGAGCGAUUGGGACAAAGGCCCAAGACCGCUUUCAUUUCCACCUCAUGGAUGGCGAGAACACAUCGCCACAGCAACAUUUCCACAUCUCCAUUCGAAACAUUGAAAAGGGUGAAAUUGCAGUUUUAACAAAACCACUCACCAUUGUCAAGGGGGACCGAGGUAUUUUGACUACAUCUGUUCUUCUUGCUUCCGAUGGCACGAGCAAAUCUGAGGAGCUGCUUUAUAUCAUUAUAAUCCCACCAAAUUAUGGACAAAUAGAAUAUGUCAACUACCCUGGAGUAGCAAUAACCAGCUUUAGUCAGAUGGAUGUAGCAGCUCAGACAGUUUCUUACACUCACAGGAGCAAGGCUGUGACCAUCAGAGACUCACUGAGAUUCAUUGUCAGCAACGGGCUGUCCACAAGAAACGGAACUCUAGAUAUCGUCAUUGAAAAUACGGAUCGCCUGCUCCCCGAGCUGUCCAAAAACAAAGGGAUCAGAUUGGUGGAAGGUUCCAUGAUGUCCAUUUCGCCGGAUGUGUUACAAUUAUCCGACCCUGACUCUCCACCACAGAAUCUCACGUACAUCGUUACUCAGCACCCUCAGUAUGGACAACUGUACUGUAAAGGGGCAGCUCUUCACCAACAUAACUUCACGCAGUUGGAUGUCAACAACAUGGAUGUCGCUUACAAACACAAUGGAGGAGAUUCGCAGAUUGACAAGUUUAUGUUUGUUGCCACUGAUCUAACUAAUCGUGGCUUUCUGAUUGAUGGGAAAUUGCAAAAUGAUCCAAUUGUCUUCACAAUUGAGGUGGACCAUGUGGACAAGGAUGCUCCAAAAAUAGUUUACCUACAGUGUCCUUCAAAUGUCAAAGUCUUCAAAAAUGGUCAGUAUGGAAUCUACAUUUCCUUUCGAGAAUUGAAAGCAUCAGAUAUGGACAGCAAGGAUGAGGAGCUAAUUUUUCACAUUUUACGUGUUCCGCACUUUGGUUACCUGGAAAAUGUCACCACUGGAGGAUUCAUUCACGAUAAUUUCACACAGCAAGACCUGAACAGCAAGACCAUCAUUUACAUUAUCGCCCCCUCCUCAGAAGUGACGUCAGAUAGUCUGGAGUUCCUGGUUUCAGAUCCCACAGGAAAUUCAGCUGCCCCUCAAACGCUUGAAUUCAAAUGGUCUCGUAUAGAAAUGCUAGUUUCAGAGUACCAGGUGUGCGAGGAUGCUGGUGUAUUCUCUGUGAAAGUCAUAAGAACUGGAUACUUGGCGGAAUCUUCUUUUAUUGGUAUUAAGGUUAAUAGCAUCACAGCCACUGUUGGAAAGGAUUUUACUCUAAAUUCUGUCAACCUGCUUCAAUUUGAUCCAGGUGUAUCAAUGAAGAGCUGGAAUAUAGUAAUUGCCAAUGAUAGAUUGGAGGAAAAUGAGGAAAUAUUUGAAGUAUUACUUGUAUCUCCAGUGAAUGCAGUUCUUGGUACCAAGCCAAAAGCAUUGAUCAAAAUCAUUGAUGCAAGAGGAGGAGGUUGCGGAGUCACAAACAGUAAAAGUGAAGAGAAUUUGCCAGUCAAGGUGUUCAGUGACAGGGUUUCCCCAGAUGUUGCAAUCCUACCAAAUCUUGGAAGUGACCCUGUCCACGUUAAGGAAAUCCCAGUCACUUACUUGCACAAAGAACCGAAGCAGCCUCAAAGAGAUGUGUCACAGGAAUUCCCUCAGCAGCCUAUCCCCAAGAAGAAACUCGCAGUGAUAAGAAAUAAGAAAACGGAUUAUUCAACCAUUGCUUUUGGAAAACGAUGCACUCCCAUCCUCAAAGGUCUCCUAUUCUAUGAUGAAAGUGACCAGAAACUGAUUCGAUGUGACGGAGUUUCUUGGAAGUCUUGGAACCUGACAUUUGAGGAACAAAAUGCCAAAAGGUGUCCCUUUGGUUGGACCUUCCACAACAAUCACUGCUAUUAUCUGAACACUGAGCACAAGGCAACCUGGACACGAGCAGCUCGAGCCUGCAAGGAGAUGCACCAUGGCAACCUUGUGAGUGUCAUCUCAAAACAGGACAUGGAGUGGCUGUGGGAUUUCAGUGGAAGGCGGCCUUUCUGGAUUGGCCUCAGUGACAGGAUCAGGCCAGGCAAAUGGGAUUGGGCUGGAGGAGAGCAAGUGUCAUUCACAAACUGGAAGCGAGGUUUCCCACCUGCAUUAAGGAAGAAAGGCAAGAACUGUGUCCUGGUGCGGAGAAGAGGAAAGUGGCAAGUGAAAAACUGCAAGCGGGGCAAGCCACAUUACUACAUGUGCUUCAUUCAUUAAUAAAUCAACGGUUAUUCAUGUUGGUGUCAAUAUAUACACGUUGUAAUCAUAUAGUAUUUAUUUACUACAUUUGGAAGGGCACCCAAUACAGCAUUUAUAUUUUUACUGGCCUUAUCAUGGAUAUUGGAUACAAAUUGUAGCAGAAUAUAGAAGAGCAAUCAAAUUAGUUGUAACUAAUCGUAAUGCAUUAUACAAUGUAUUUCCCAGCAAUAAUUGUUAAGGAAGGAAGUAGAUAUUGGCUUAUACCGAAGAUAGACAUAAUGCUGGAGUAAUUUAGCUGGUCAGGCAGCAUCUCUUGAGAAAAAGGAUGGGUGACAA